UUCUCCAUUCUUCCUCGUGAGAAGAAAAGGAGAAACAAAUGGCUGAAAGCAAUUAAUCGAGGAACAGGAAAAGAAGACGGUUCCGUGGACUAUGCUCGCCUGUGGGAACCAAAAUCCAAGCACAUUUACGUUUGCAGCCGACAUUUUAUUACUGAGUUCCGCACAGCGUACGCUGCGCACACGAUAAAGAAGACGACUGGCCCAGUGCUGCUGACUAGCUAGCCACACCACGCUUGCUCAUCAUGUCUGCCUCCAAGCCAAUCGACCCGCAAUCAGGCACCGGCGUCCCCCGUUGGCAGCUCGCUCUGCUGUUUGGCGCCCCCAUAGUGCUCGGGGUGAGAGCCGUGUAUCUAUGGAACAACAUGAGUCGUUUGGAUCGUGCCCGAGAGGCAAAUCAAAAAGGCAACAGAUACUUUAAGGCGGCCAAGUACGGGAGCGCCUUCCAAUGUUACACAGAGGCCAUUGAACUCUGCCCCACUGUACAGAAGAGCUACCUGUCGGUGUUCUAUGACAACCGAGCGGAUGCGUAUAAGAAGCAGAUGAAAUGGACUGAGGUGUCGCAAGACAGCUCACAGGUACUAAUGCUCGACCCAGUGAACUUGACAGCUUUCGACAGUAAGUGGCAAGCUCCUGGGGAACUGGACAAUAAGAAAGAAUGCCUGGAAGGUAGCAUCGCUCAGUCUAUCUUGGAGGACGAGCUGAAAGAGGAGCACAUGAAGUUCCUUAUGGGAUAUAAGAAACGAGGGUGGACGAUGCCUUCUCCUCAGUACAUCAAAUCCUACUUUGGUUCUUUCACCGAUGACAUCAUCUCGCAGCCGCUGCAGAUGGGCAAGAAGAAAGAUGAAGACAAGAACAAUGAGGGCGAGGCCUCCGAGGUCACAGCUAGACUUCCUGACAUGGAAUGGAUACAAGACCCAUCGAGAUUACAACAUUGUCACCACCUGAGUUCGGGCUACCUGAAAGCCAAGCACUAUAUGGAUGAGGAGAACUACGAUAAAAUCAUCAGCGAAUGCACUAAGGAGGUGGACUCAGAGGGCCGCUACAUGGCUGAGGCGCUGCUCCUGCGCGCCACCUUUCACCUGUUGACUCGCAACAACGAGGCCGCUGAGGGCGACUUGGACCGCAUCAUCGAUAUGCAGGAAGCCAACGUCAAGCUGCGUGCCAACGCUCUCAUCAAGCGUGGGAUCCUGUACAGACAGGAGGUCCUACACUUGUUUGCCAAAGAGAACUUCAACUUCGCAGCAGAGAUCGACGCAUGCAAUCCCGAUGUGUACCAUCACAGGGGGCAGCUUAAAAUAGACCUGUACCUGGUGGAUGAAGCUGUAGAAGACUUUGACAAAAGCAUCCAGCUCAGACCUGACUUUGCUCUCACCCAGGCGCAGAGGUCCUUCGCUCUGUACAAACAAGCAUACACCGAGCUCUGCCCAUCCAAGACACACGUUCAGAAAGCCAUGGAUGGAUUCGAGGACGUUAUCAAAAGGUUUCCCACUUGUGCAGAGGGCUACGCACUAUACGCUCAGGCUUUAACCAAGGAGGGACGCUUCAGAAAGGCAGACAAGAUGUACGACAAGUGUAUUGAAGUGGAACCAGACAACGCCAACCAUUAUGUUCACAAAGGAUUAUUACAGCUCCAGUGGAAACGAGGCAUGGACUGGAGAAGCUUGUGUGGGUUGGCCCUGGACCUCAUCAGAGAAGCCAUCGAAAUCGACAACAAAUGUGCCUUUGCUUACGAAUCAUUGGAAAGUGUCGAACAUCCACGGUGUAACAAAAUCAGAAUGUACACCGAGGAUGAAAGGGCGAAUGACGUGGGCACCGAUUACAUAGAGCGCGAAGAAGCGUACACCCACAGACAGGUAUUCAAGAAAGUACGACAUCAGACUGGCAGAUAGGGUGUCGUUUUAAGAAUGGAAACGUUUCAAGACAGCCACUUCCAUUUUGACGGACAAAUUCGUCUGAUAUUCUUCAUCGAUACAUAUGGUGACCAAAGUAAAAUAGAACUUAAAUCUGAAUAAAGUUGAUGAUGAUUCCUGGAAA